CCCCUCACUUGGGACUCCGGACCUGCAAUUGGUUUGACAGCUGACAUCAUUUUCACAAUUGCAGAAAAUGUUCUCAAUUACAAUAGACCUAAUUCAGCUAUUUCAGCUAAUAGUUCUUAUUUUUUUAUCAUCAAUUCUGAUUAAGAUAUUGAAACUUUUUCGCAAGAGAUGGAAGUUGAUGGCAGCAAUGAAACCUUUCCCUGGACCCCCAGCACACUGGCUAUAUGGACAUGCACUUGAGUUUUCUCAAGAUGGGACAGAUCUAGACAAGACUGUGACAUGGGCAAAGAAAUAUCCAUAUGGGCACCAAGUGUGGUUUGGUCCAUUUACAGCAUACUUAGCUGUAUACCACCCUGACUACGCUAAGGCAUUGCUUGCAAUCUCAGAGCCAAAAGAUGAUGUGGUGUACCGGUUUAUGCUUCCUUGGAUCGGUGAUGGUUUACUGAUAAACAGUGGCCAGAAGUGGCAUCGUCAUCGGCGACUGUUGACACCUGGAUUCCAUUAUGACAUAUUGAAGUCAUACGUGCAGGAGAUUGCAGAGUCCACCAAGAUCAUGCUGGACAAAUGGGAGCUGCUCAGUACAAGCGGGAAGUCUGUGGAACUUUACCAUCACAUCAGCCUGAUGACAUUGGACAGCAUUCUGAAAUGUGCCUUCAGUUUUCACAGCAACUGUCAGCUUGAAAGUAAUAACUCAUAUAUUCAGGCUGUCUAUGAACUUGGAUUCCUUGCAAGUGAACGAUUUAGAACCUUCCAGCAUCAUUAUGACCUUAUCUACUACCUCACCCCUAAUGGAAUCAGAUUCCGGAGAGCCUGCAACUUGGCACAUGAACACACGGAUAAAGUAAUACGCCAGAGGAAGGAGGCACUGAAAGAUGAAAAGGAACUUGAACGAAUCAAAGAAAAGAAGCAUCGUGACUUCUUAGAUAUUCUUCUGGUUUCAAGGGAUGAAAAUGGAAUUGGAUUGUCAGAUGAAGACCUACGAGCAGAGGUGGACACAUUCAUGUUUGAAGGCCAUGACACUACAGCAAGUGGAAUCUCCUGGCUUUUGUACUGUUUGGCUCAACACCCAGAACACCAACAGAAGUGUAGAGAAGAGAUCCACGAGCUCCUGGAGGGACAGGAGAAAUUUGAAUGGGAAUUCCUGAGUAACAUGCCUUACACCACAAUGUGCCUAAAAGAAUCAUUACGGCUUUAUCCCCCUCUACCAGGAGUGUCCAGGAAACUGAGCAAGCCACUCAUAUUCCCUGAUGGAAAGCAAGUACCUCAAGGUUGUCUGGUUGCAUUAAGUAUCUACUCCCUCCACAGGCAUCCACUGUUCUGGGAUGAUCCUGAGAAAUUUAAUCCAUUGAGGUUUAGCCCAGAAAAUUCAGAACAUAGGCACCACCAUUCCUACAUACCAUUUUCUGUUGGACCAAGAAACUGCAUUGGUCAGCAUUUUGCCAUGAAUGAAAUGAAGGUGGCUGCUGCACUAAUUCUUAAUCGAUUUGCAUUGGAAGUUGAUGAAGCCAAUCCACCAAUUAAAACACCCCAAAUAGUCCUCCGGUCAAAAAAUGGAAUACGCCUGAAGAUUAAAAAACUGGAGAAGUAAAUCAGGAAAAAGAUAAUACAACUCUUCAACAGUUUCCUUCUGCCAACUGGCAAAAUUAGUAACUAUUUUUAAAGGAUCAGCUUCAAGAACAGACAAAUUAUUCUGAAAGUGGAUGAUGAUUUCGCUAUAAAACCCUGGAGGGCCAACUUGAACUUUGUGCAGAAGUGUAAGAUAGAUAAUAGAAAAUUGGGAGUGAUAUAAAAUGGGCUGCUUAUUUGCUAUCAACAAUUUUACCAUUAAUUACCCUCUGGACUUCCCACCACAUUGAUUUCCUUCUGUUCUUCCUGUUCUUUUCCAUCAUCCUUUUGAAGGCUGGAUCUGUCAUCUCAGAGUUUCAAGAGUUAGUUUAUCAUCUUAUGCAAUGAUCCAUUUUUCUUGCAGACAGAAGCCAAAAUUGUUCACUCAGAACAGAGAAUGUAGUGGAAUGAAGGUGUACAAAAUUAUGCAGAGUUUUGACAGAAUGAAUUGAAAAACUGUUUUCUGUAACAAGAGAGUUGAUAGCCAAGAGGUAGAGAUUUAGAUAAUCAGCAAAAAAAAGUAAAAAGAGAAGAUUCUUUAUUUAAUGAGUUGUCAUGAUCUGCAAUAUAUUGCCUGAAGGAGUGAUGGAAGCAAAUUCAAUAAUAAUUUUCAAAAGGAAUAGGAUACAUACUUGAAAAAGCUAUAGAAAAGAGCGAAAGACAAUAGACUAACUAAAUAGUUGUUACAUUAUGCUAGCACAGGCACAAUAUGCUAAAUGACUUCCUUAUUUUCUCUAGAAAUCUACGAUUAAAUGAUAUACACUAUCACACUAAGUCAACAUCCUUAUGACUUUAAUAGGUAUAAAAUACUGUUGAUAAUGUUUUUCACAAUUUCUGCUGUGUCUUUUUGUAUGCUGUUGCAAACAAAAAUAUUGGAUAUAUGACAAUGAUUGCAAUGCAGGAAUCUCAUCAAGUAAUUGAGGUGAUGACAAAAAUCAUUCAGUAAUGCUUGGACAGUUUACUUUUGUUACCAAAACCCUGAUGUAAAAGCCAUUCACUUUAUAUCAUGGUAUAUGUUAUAGAAUUGGAGGUAGUCAUUUUAUUUGUUUUAUGUUUUUACUUUACAAACUGUGACAAAUUCAAACACAUUGACAAUUUAUAUGACAUGCACAUUUUUAACAAGCAACUGGUUAUCUUCAUUACCUGGUAAAACAAUUUCUCAACAUCCUUGGCAAUGCUAAAGAUGUUUUCCUUUUUCCAAAAUUGAGCAAAUUAGAGAUUGUGUUUUUGAGGCAAUGUUAUCUCAGUGCUCAUAACGCCAGUAAAAAUGCUGAACUGAAACGAUUUACUUUAGAAAUUAUUUCACUUUUCCCUGCAGGAUGGUGCUGUUCUUUUGGCUUUUGUGUUAGGCGUGAAAUAAAGAUAGGGAGAAAAGGCUGGAUGUAAACACACAGAUGUGCAUGAACAGCUAAAGCUUAGCAUUUCAUAGAAUCAUUGAAACUAAUAGCUCAUAAAAGGCUAUUUCACCCAUUAGGUCUAUGUAGAUACAAAGUCUUUAACUGGGGUAUCAACUCAAAUCCUUUUAAUUCCUAUCUGCAUUGAUGGCUUAUUGGUUGUUUUAAUUAAUGCAAAUCAAUAGAAUAGAAUUCAACAGUUUAUUAUAAAGGAGGAAUGUCUAGCAUGUUAUAAGACAUUAAUUAAUAAAUUUACUAAUCAUAAUUUUCUUGUGGAUUGCCUACAAACCCUACAUGUUCACUUCAAAGCCUACCUAUCACACUUUUCAGUAAUUAAAUCAUAAUUGUUUUUAUUAUAAUUAUUCACAGUAUUGUUCUAAUAUAGGCAAGUGCUUGCUAUCUAUCUUUGAUUUACAAAAGAUAUUGACUCAGCGUUUAUCCAACCAAAUCAGCCUCCCAUGCACCUACCGAUAGCCACUCUUGCAUUCCCAUAUUGUGGCUAUUGUUCAGGAGAACACAAUGCUGUCAUCAUCUUUGUCAGUAUAUUCUCUUAUAAUUUUCCUGCUCCCUUUACUAUGUCAUCCACAAACCAUUACAUCCAGAGCCCUGCCUUCAAGAAAAUUGAGGGAGCCAAAACGAUAACAGUAUUAAUGAAAAUUGAAAAUACCAUAACAAAUUCAUGAGAAAAACUUUAAAUGCCACGUAAUGAAAUUUAUUGUGAACAAUAGGGAUCAAGAAAGUUUAAAGAUGAAGUUUGGAGCCCACAUUUCACUUAGUUGUUGAAGCACAAACAGCAAAAGGUGCAUCAACAGCACCUUUCCUGCUCUGCUCACUUUAUCUUUCAAUGAUGUCUCUGCAAAUCAUGUGAAGAGGAACUGAGCUGAAUUUGCUGCUUUCAGUUAAUGCAGUGAGGGUGAAGGCUCAGCACCUGUAAAAAAGCAAGACAAACAUCUGCUACUGUUUUCAAAACACUGAGAUAAAUGCGGAUGUUGGGAAUCAGAAACAAAAGCAAACAUUGCUGGAAAAUCUCAGUAUGUCUGGCAGCAUCUGUGGAGACAAAACAGAGUUAACAAUUCAGGUCCAGUUCUAAAAGGGGUCUCUGGACCCAAAACAUUGACUCUGCUUUCUCUCUGCAGCUAUUGUUUUCAAUCCUGAUUGCUAUCCAUUGACCUCAUUUCCAUGUACAGUGCAUUGUGUAUUUUCAUUAAAAGGGGAACAGCUUAACUUUGAUGUCUUAUGGUUGAGCAAUUCCCCACUCUCAAUGAUCAAACUUGCAAAUGAAGAAAAGUAUUUGUGGCAAUUUUUUAUAGUGUCCAUUUGUAUUGACUUCACUGCAAGUUGUCAGCUGCAGGAGAGGAUGGGAAAAGCAAGAAAAUGACAGGUAAAGUAUAAGAAAAAAAUAAAUUCAUUUGACUGAGACUAAGGCUCAGAAAUUCAUGGAGUCAGGAAGACCCCCUGGACCUUUAGAAAUGGCAUGCAGGGCCCAACAGCAAAAGUCCCACUCAAUUUCUGACAGAUCCCAUUUUUGCUGGGAAGUUGUAUGAUUUUGCUACAUGGAAAACCUGAACUCAUCAGGGUAAUUGAAACUUAUUGCUGACUUCAAACAAGCUGAAUUGACUAUUACUUAAUCUUCUGUGAUAGAGAACAUAGAACAUUUUCUUGAAGGGGAAAAGGUAUCAGUUUAAGUGUUAUGAUUUGAAGCUAUUUAAUCCCCCCCUCUAAAUUUGCAAUGUAAUCCAAGCACACAAUUCAGUGAAAGUUUUGAAAAAUAUCUUCUAGGUUGCUUUAGUUAACAGAGCACCUGAUGUAAGUCAGAAAAAAAUGAGGACAUGGUCCACAGUUUCAAUUGAGUUGGUUGUUGACAUUUCGCAAGGGUUGUUAUUACGUUAAUAUGAAUACUUGGCAACGUUUCAAAAUCUAAAAUUAUCUCGGCAGGUAGUUCUGAUUUCACAGCUUUAUGAACAAUUUAAAGAGGCUUUCAAAUAAUUUCUUUGAUAUGGCCUUUGGAUAGAAAUAUUCAUUUUAAUAACAGGUUAAACUCUUGUGGAGAUUUAAAGGUUUCAUUUGGUUUCCUAAAUGAGCGUGUGUUCCUCUCACUAUUCAGUGUAUAUGAGUGAAAUAGAUUAGAUUGCUGGAAAUUUAUUCUGAUGUUCUCAAGGCUCAUCUGCAGUACGAAGCUUCCUCAGAAUCUUGUAUAUAACAUUGAGAUCACUUCACAUUUUUCUAAACUUCAGGAAUUACAGAUUCAAUUUAUUAAGCCUGUCAUCAUAGAACAGACCCUCAUGUCACACAUCAAUUUACUUAACCCUUGCCUAUUAAUUUCUAAUGCAAAUAUAUAUUUUGUUAAAAGUGGAAACAAAAACUUGACACACUGUUCCAGAUGUGGAACUACUAAAGCCCUGUACAAUUGUAGCCAGACUGUUUAUUCCUGUGUUCAAUCCCAUUGUAAUAAAGGCUAACAUGUCAUUUGUCUUCCUAA